AUGAUUUUAUCAAUUCUUAUGUUUAUGAAAUGCAAAGAUAAUUAUCAAAAUUUUAAUUUCGAUCGAUGCAGAUUAUCUGAAAAUGAAACACACUGGAUGAGCAAUAGCGAAAUAUUCACUUUUGGGAUAUAUUUGCAUUCAAAAUCAACUUCCUCCGUUGAACUGACAAGUAGUGAUGGAAAACAGUAUAGUAUCAAACCAGGAAAAUGCAUAUACAUAGCCCAACAGAAUAUUUCUGCUAAAUGUUCAGGCAAAGAUUGCGAUAUCACAUUUUGGUUUUCUCCAGUUCCUGGAGAUUAUGCAUACAUUAUUGCUGAUUCUACUGGUGCUGCUUAUUACGCUAAAAAUGUUCGAUUAACUACAGAUUAUUUAUCUUUUAUUGACUUCGGAUCUGAUUCAAGAAUUGAAAUUUCGGAUUUAGAACACCCAAAGAGAUAUCCUCUUACAUUUUAUACAAGCGAAACAAAUAAUUCUGAUAUUGCCGAGUAUUCAACUUUUAAUCUCAUGAAUGGCUCAGUUGUUAACUUUUCCAAGCCAGGUAUAUUGCAAUUAUCGCAAGCUCCGUUUGAUAGGAUAAGUUUCAAUUUUAUUGCUGGAUCAACUUUGAAGAAUUCCAAAGAAUUUUCUCAGAAUGGACUUUCUGUUGAAUGGGAAAAUGUAAAUUAUACAAGACACGAUAUUUAUUCAAAAAUUUCAACAGAAUUUAACGAAAUGCCAAUUAAAUAUACUAUGAACGCCAUUACAGCCUUAGUUUUCCUUACCUCUCUGAUAUAUUCUCUGAUUAAAUUGAGGUGCUGUCAAUGUUGUAAUAAUAAACCUAAAGAAGAAUCUAUAACCGAAGCAUCUCUACUUGUUUGA